AUGACGGUGCACGUCGAAGAUGGAGAAGGAUCCGAUUUAGUGGCGCAGGAGAUGCCGCUCAUGCAGCAAGAUGUCGUGCCGUCGCGAAACGGUUUGAAAUCGAACAAUACUGGUUCCUGGUCAAGAUCGUACGAGGAAUUUAUCUCAACUUGGACAUUAUGGGAUGUUCGUAAAUCGCGUAAAUCCGGCAACGAGAUGAAUUACAAGGGCAGCGGGAAGGUCCACUUCGGGGUGGACGACGUGUCCCUCUAUGGGACGCCGAAGGAGGAGCCGGGCCCGGGCCUCCCGGGCCAGGAGGUCAAGCAGAGCUUCCUGAAGAAUCAGCUUCAGGCCCUGUUUCAGCCGACGGACAACAAGUUGGCCAUGAAGCUCUUCGGCAGCAAGAAGGCGCUUAUGAAGGAACGGAUCAGACAAAAAGCCGCAGGUCACUGGGUCAUCCAUCCUUGCUCCAGUUUUCGAUUCUAUUGGGACCUCUGCAUGCUCCUCCUACUGGUAGCUAAUCUGAUAAUUCUGCCAGUCGCCAUUAGUUUUUUCAAUGACGACCUAAGCACUAGAUGGAUAGCCUUCAACUGCCUUUCCGACACGAUAUUCCUUAUAGACAUCGUCGUCAACUUCAGGACGGGUAUAAUGCAGCAGGAUAAUGCCGAACAGGUGAUACUGGAUCCGAAGUUAAUCGCGAAACACUACCUCAGGACUUGGUUCUUUCUCGACCUCAUCUCCUCCAUACCAUUAGACUACAUUUUCCUCAUAUUUAAUCAAGACUUCAGCGAGUCCUUCCAGAUCCUGCAUGCUGGACGUGCUCUCAGGAUCCUCAGGCUUGCAAAACUGUUAUCACUCGUUAGAUUACUACGUUUGUCAAGACUGGUGCGGUAUGUCUCGCAAUGGGAAGAGGUCUAUAUCCCCCUUUAUCAACAGCCGGAGAGGCACUACGAGCGUCGGGCGACACCGCCCCAACCAGACCGAACCAGCAAGAUAUUGCAGAACCUACAAAAAAAACGCACUGAGCGGAGGGGGCGCCUAAGUUCUGACAAUAUGACUAAAAAGAAGUCCGGUUUCAGCAAAAGCGAACUUAUUUUUAAGUUCCUGAAUAUGGCGUCGGUGUUCAUGCGGAUUUUUAACCUGAUCUGUAUGAUGCUUCUGAUCGGCCAUUGGAGUGGCUGCCUGCAAUUCCUGGUCCCUAUGCUUCAAGGAUUUCCCAGUAAUUCAUGGGUAGCCAUUAACGAGUUACAAGACUCAUUUUGGCUGGAACAAUACUCGUGGGCCCUCUUCAAAGCCAUGUCGCACAUGCUGUGUAUCGGGUACGGUAGGUUUCCGCCACAGUCCUUGACCGAUAUGUGGCUCACCAUGCUCAGCAUGAUCAGCGGUGCGACGUGUUACGCUCUUUUCCUCGGACACGCGACGAAUCUCAUUCAAUCUCUCGAUUCCUCGAGAAGACAAUACCGCGAGAAGGUGAAACAAGUAGAGGAAUACAUGGCCUAUCGAAAACUACCGAGAGAAAUGAGGCAGAGGAUCACGGAGUACUUCGAACAUCGGUAUCAAGGAAAGUUCUUCGAUGAGGAACUGAUCCUCGGGGAGCUGUCGGAAAAAUUGAGAGAAGAUGUGAUAAACUACAACUGCAGAUCGCUGGUGGCGUCCGUGCCCUUUUUCGCCAACGCCGAUUCGAAUUUCGUCUCGGAUGUCGUGACGAAACUCAGAUACGAAGUCUUCCAGCCAGGUGAUAUCAUCAUUAAGGAGGGUACAAUCGGUUCGAAAAUGUACUUCAUACAAGAAGGUAUAGUCGAUAUCGUGAUGGCAAACGGCGAAGUAGCGACCUCGUUAUCGGACGGGUCUUACUUCGGCGAAAUCUGUCUGUUGACAAACGCGAGAAGGGUGGCGUCGGUCCGAGCGGAGACCUACUGCAAUCUCUUCAGCCUCUCGGUGGACCAUUUCAACGCCGUAUUGGACCAGUAUCCCCUAAUGCGCAGAACGAUGGAGAGUGUUGCCGCCGAGAGGUAUAAGCUUUGGUUAAACAAAAUUGGGAAGAAUCCUAACCUGGUGGCUCAUCGCGAGGAAGAUCUUGGCAGCGAAUCAAAAACGAUAAACGCCGUAGUAAAUGCGCUCGCGGAGCAGGCCGCGCAUGCCAGCGCCAGUGAAGAAUCAGUACAUAGUAUGGAGCUCAGAACGCUGCCGGCUUGCCUCUUGCCCAGACCAAAGUCUGAGAACAAUUUCGCGAGCCAAGAACUUACGAGGGAAGGACGGAGGAUCUUUCACAAGAGCGACACUUUCCACAAAGAUUCGUAUCAAUGACGACACUCGUUUUACUAGCAUAUGCAGAGAUACUAACGGCUCCAUGUUGGAAGAAUGAUAGAACUUAUCUUAUCGAUAGGACAACUAUGGUGGUUUUGUGCCCGGUGCUAGGGCGAUCCUAUAGCAGCGGUCUAUACAUAGAUAUCGGCCAUGCCAGUAGUCCUUUAGCAAUCGAUUUAUAGCGCCUUCUUAUAUUAAUCUGACGGCAUUUUCGUCCAGGACCGCAAAACCACCGAAAUCAAGUCCUAUACUCCAACUAUGAUACAGAUUUCCGCGAACAAAUAAAAUAGUACAAUAAUGUAUAAAUACUAUUAAUGAUAUAUAAAGUCUUCAUGAAACAUAUAUCGCAAAAUAAUUCCGUGAUGGAAAGGAAAGGUUUGAAGAAUAAAGGAAAAAAACUUUUACAUUUUAGGCCCCUUUAUCUUUCAAACUUGAUUCGAACUCCUUUUAUUUAGAAAAUGAUGAUGAAGCAACUCCAAACAAUCGCGAAAUUUUAAUCUUUUACGAACACAAGGAAGAAAAAAAAAGAAAUAUCUGUAUCCUCGGUUGGAGAACAUGGAGCCACGUUUUACGCCGUGUCUCUUCAUUGAGAACAAUCGCCGCGUCGCAUCAGAUGCAAUAUUAAAGAUGGAUGGACGCAGCGAAGAA